AAUACUUAUAUAUAUAUAGGAGUAUUAUUAUAUAUAAGUAAAUCGAGCGCACCCUAAAAAUCACGGAAAAAUAUGGUCUUGGUCUUCUCCCCCUCCCAGCCUCCGCAGGCGGCGAAGUAGCACAAGGAAAGGGUCCAAAACCAAAAAAAAAAAAAAAAAUCGGCGGCGGCGGCAGCGGCGACGCGGCUCGCGGCGACCGGACGGACGGAAGGCAGGGGGAGGCGGCGCCGCCCACCGAUCGGGUCCCGCCCCGGCGAGGGCGGGAGUCAAAAGGCGAGGGGGAAGGGAAAAGGCAGCAGCAGGAGCAGCAUCAGCCACAGCCGUGUUGGGGGGGGGGGGGGGGGGGAAGAAUUCCUUCUUCGCGCAGGAGAGCAGCGCACGCAAGGAAUCCCCGUCGAGGAAGGGGAGGAGGAGAAGGGCAAGCGGAAGAGCGGAUGGGGCGGCGCGAUUUCUACUGAAAAAGCUGAGCCCCGGCGGCGGCGCGCGCGCAGGUGGGAAGAGAGGAGGGAGAGAUUUUGCCCUUGGGGUUUGAUGAGGAAGGCCGGAGGAGCAAAAGAGGAUUUUAAGGGAUCUAUUGGACCUGAGGGUGCAGUUGAUGUGAAACAGUCUCUUGUUUCUUUGGGAGCAACAGGAAGAAGGCCUGGUUUCAUGAUUCGAUUGUGCACCUGUACUGGAAGGCCAUCAUCACUUCGUAAUCUUAAUAACUCAGGUGUUUCAAUGACCUGCAAAGGCUGUGGUGGUGAAUCAACAACAGACAGAGCUGGGCCGUCGUGUAGCAGCAAGCUCAACACCAUGGGCUUGGAGCUUCCAAGGCCUAUAGAUCCUGAGGUGAGAUGGAAGACCGUAAACAGAAGGCAAAGAGCUGCAAGGAGAGCAAGGACCUCUUUCUCUGGAGAAGACAGAAUAAGGGAUGAAAUUAGAUCUUUCUAUGCAUGUGGCAAUGCUACUAAUCAAGAAUUGGCACAAGAUGAUGCUCCUGUUUCUGAGUCUGAGAAGUUUGGGGUAUCUAUUCUUGGUCGGCGCUUUAGUGAUCCUGUGGGAAAUGUUCCAAUAAAAAAGAGAAGAUUUCUUAUGGAUUGUUCUCCAUCACCUCCACCCACUCCAUUGCUAGUGGAUCCAUAUGAAAAACUGUUGAGCAGAUCCUGUGGAGGUAUCUCGUCACAUGGAAAGCAUCAUAAGGUUAAAACACCUAGACUUGAUUACAUGGAGGAAACAAAAGAGCAUUUUGGCGUAGAUGAUUUUUCUGGCAUAUCAAUACUUGCGGCUGCUGCCUGCACGAGCGAGUUGGAUGAUGACACGUUGAAUGUCGAAUGUUCGAAGUCAGCCCACUGUGUUGAAAGGAAACCAGAAAAUAUCACUGGUAGUUCUGAAUUGAAUUUCCUAAAUAACAUCAAGGAGGACAUGCUAAAUAGUCUGGAUGCUUCAAAUUGCAAAUCAGACCCGCUGCUGGAGUCGUCUGAAUCUGUUCCUGAUACGAAGCCUGUGGUUGCCACUAGAUUGAACUGUGAAAAUCUUGUUGAAUCUACACACACUCAGAAGGACUGUUCCGCGUCUUUUUCUGCAUUGAGCAGUGCAAACAAAGCAGAUGAUUCUUCAACUGCUUCUGACACGAAGUCUUCAGGUGUUACCAUGUCAAUCAACGCAAGUAAUCCAGACAAAUCUGUAGGCGGCUUGCAGGAUGCAGUUGUGGAAACUAAGCAUUCCAAUGGCACCCGUGACUCAAGAUUGCACUGGGAUCUUAAUGUUGCAAUGGAGGCAUGGGACACUGACUGUGGUGGUGAUGAUGUUCCUGAUGCGGCUGAUCCUGAUCCUGUUGCUUUUGCUAUAAGCAGUUGUAGUGAUGCUGAAAAUGUGUUGAACAAGCUGCAGGUGUGUCAAGCUCCUUUUGACUCAACAAUUGCUGGUAACAUUCCUGAUCUUUCAGAGGACAAAACUCCUGUGAUUGAUGCACCAAAAGAUGCUUCUACAAAGAGCGAAAGUGAUUUUGCUGGUGACGGUUCAUCUCAACCUUUGUGCAGCCUGUCUCCGCAAAAUGUACCAGUAUUAGAAUCGAGACCGCUAGAAUGCGAUGGUUUAUCUGCAGGAACAAAGGAGUUGCCUGAUAACAAUGAUAUCUCCAAAGUAAAAUCACAGCUAGGGUCUGAUCCUGAUUGCAGCUCUUUGCCUCCUAUGACUGAACGUUUUGCUUUGACCGUAAUUGAGGAGAAACUUGAUGUUUCACAUGCCUCAGCCCUUGAUUGUGUAGGUUUGUCCCAGAUGGUUUCUACAGAUGGCUGUGAUGGGAUCAAUUCAGUUCAAAUGAGUGAACUGGGAUCCAGAGUGAAGCCUUUCACAAGUAGGUUAGUUUCUGAGGAAAGCACAAACCUUGCAACAGUAACUGUUUUCAAUAAAAGUUCUACUGAUCUUGGCUGGAGCAAUGAUAAACUUGGGCAAACAUCUCAACAAAGCAUAUCUGAAUUGAAGAACCAGGAUCUUUUGGAUGUUGAUUCUGGAACUAGUAAAAUUGGACAGUCAGGUCACGACAAAGUUGAACAUGUCACCAAUGAAUUGAGCAUCUCCAAGAAAGCUGCAGAUGUAGAUGAUGAUUUGGACCUCUCCGAUUCUCAUAUGAAUGACAACCCAGGUUCUUCUGAUCGUGGUAUGUCCCAUGCCCAUGAAGAAGAGGGUGCUGAUGCAACUAUUAGUAAUAAUCUCACCUGUACUGACAGUAGCAAUGCAUUAAUAUGUCGUAUAGAUGGUGCCUGUGUAGCUCCCCCUAUCAAUUCAGAAUGCAUAAAACCAUCAACUACUGACAUGGACAGCAUUGCCGAUUCACAAUCUGCAGAACAAAGCUACCUCGGGAAGGUUCUAUCGAAUAAUUUUAUGGAGCACUGUAAUGAAACGGAGGCACCUCAUAUUAUUAAAGAUCUUGCUGGGACUGGAAAUAUUGUUGCUGAAGAGGAUGAUUCUCAAUAUGAGGAUGGGGAACUAAGGGAAUCUGGCGAGUAUUGGGGAGAUGAUUGUUAUGAAGAAGUUAAACCUGCCAAUUACCAGGUGUUAGAUUGCAAGAGUGAUGCCCCAGGCAUUUCUCCCUUCCCUCUUGGCUCCAUGUCAAAGAAUACAGGUGAUCGAGUUGCUAAUUUCAAUGGAAAACAUUCCAGGAAUGGAGGUGGUGAUGUUUCACCAGCCGCAUUGAAGUGUUCAUGGUCAACUACCUGCAUAGAUGAUGGAUCUGGAACGAUGUGUGCUGGAAGCACUGGUGAAAAGGCUCUUAGUGUUCACUUGAGAGUUAAUGGGGAGACUCGAAUGUAUGAGAUGAAUCCAGGCCAUGUAAUAGCUGGAUCUUCCGCAACAGUCAACCAGUCUGAAAGGGUCAAUGAUGGUUUAGGGGACGAUCUUUCAAGUCUGAGAACAAAGCCCACAGGAUGGGAUAUGUUACCUGAAGAUCAGCGGCAUUCUCAACAUGAUUCAAGGGACACAGUUGAUUCAUCUAACCGGUGUGUUUUGAGCACAUCAGAUACAGCUGGAGGUGGUGAAUCAUUGCGCCAUAUGGAGUUAUCAAGUGGAGAUAUGCAACCACGAGCUGAUCGGCCAAGAUCAUUUGACAGAGCCCACAUAAAUGAGUUAUGCAGAUCUGAUGAUGGUUAUGGCUCAGGUUCAAAGGCUGAAAGAACCAUUGAUAUUCGUAAAUCACAUGAAAGAGGUGGAGCAUCACGACAUAUUCAAGGUAGCAGCCGGGUGGAACAGUGGGUGGAAAAUUCAAACAAUUCUCGCACUACCUGGCGCAAAUCACCUGAUUAUUAUAAUUACGGACUGCCUGGUCCAAGGAAUGCUGCAGAAGCUGCUGUUGCAAAGAUGCAGAGCAAUGGCUUUGUUGUUGCACCUGAUGGCACCUUGGUAAAGGCGGUUGAUACUGCAAAUGCUAGUAAAAUGGCUAGGAGGGUGAGAAACAACACUUUGAGUAGCUCAUACCGCCCUUUAUCUGGACGUGGUUCUCCAAUUGACAGAGAUGGAGGUUGUGGGGUGUCUAGAGGUCCUGCACAUGCUAGGGAAGCAUCCCCAGAAAGACGCUUCAGUACUAGUGGUAAUCGAUCUGUUAGAUAUGGGCCUGAUAUGGAUAAAGAUCAUGCUAAUGUAAAUAUGAGCUCAGCUCGUUGCUCACUGGCCAGUAGACAAAGGAGGUUCCCGCAACAUAGAGCCUCACUUAACCUAUCACGUGCUCACAGCCGAUCCCCUUCUGGUUCAAGGUCUCGAUCUCCGCAUGCUUGGACAUCACCUAGGAACAGAAGGGAAGUUAUGGUGAAUGGUAGUUCAAGUUUAUGGAGGCAUAGUAGAAGUAGAUCUCCGCCUAAUUACAUGACUGAAGUUAGAAUGGGAAGAAUGACUUCGCCUUCUAGACAACCUGGAUUUGGUGAUCGAGUUAUGCGUUAUAGCCCUUCAUCAAGAGAUCGUGCUUACUCUCAACAUGCUUCUACAUGGGCUGAUGGGAGGAACUGCUCAACUGUUGAUCUUCCUGAUCAUAAAAAGCGAUAUUCAAGGAGGAGCCCACCCCUGAGAGUUACCUCAAGAAAUGACAGGUUUGAUGUGGACUCCCAUGGACGGCCAAGGUCUGGAGAGUUGUAUCGCCCAACACAGGGAAGACUUCCUUAUGGCUUCGAAAGGGGGAGGGGAAAUAGGCAUGAUGGGAAUGGUGAUGAUCAAAGGGAGUAUGCUGAUAGAUAUGAAACUCAUUCUGCCAAGCCAUAUGACAGGAAUGGUGCCACAAAGCAGUUCAGAAAUCAUACAGGAGAUAAACUUCGUCCAUGUAUUUCGGCUCCCAGAUCCCCAGAACCCCAAAGAAGGGGAAGCCCUCGGAGAUUUGACAGGGGCUUCGGGAGGCAGCUGGGUGUGGAUUUGCCUCGUGGAACUAAAGAAGAUAAUAAAAAUCCUUUCAGAUAUGAUUGAAUGGGAAAGCAAACCCAUGCUGGAAGCCUGGAAUUGAAUCAUAAGGCUCACUGCUAUUUGACACAGGAUUACCUUGACAGCAUUGCUUGUUGUUCUGCUUCUGCAUCUGUGCUCAAGCCACAGAAAAGCUGAAAUCGUGCACUUGGGAGGGAUUUGCAGAUUAACUUUACAAUUUUCUUCUUUUCGUUUGUAAAUAUUUAUAUCGGUAGUAGAUCACAAUCACUGUUUUACAGCUUUAUGGCUGUUCUUUUUUUAUUUAUUAUAUUUACUUCCCCCCUCGUUGCACUCUUUUUUCAAUGGACAUUAUGCCUGUAUGAGGUCCAUUUAAACAUGAUCAAUCAAUUAAUUUUGAACUGAAGCUUGUGGAUAUCUAUUU